CUACUCAGCAAGUUGAAAAGUACUGAUUGAAAAGUACUGAUUCAUCACCCUUUCUUCCAAUAGUUAUUAGUCAAAAUCCCAUCUUUUCCUGCAUCAAGAAAACAAUAUUAAAAGAUAAAAAGAGAAGAAGAAGACGAAGGAGAGGACUUCCCAAAGCAGAGCUCUUGAAGAUCGUUCAUUCGUUCACCAUCAUCAAAAAAACCUCUUUCUACUUCUGAUUGCUCUUUUCACUCUGGAGGAAGAAGUAUAUCCCCAUCUCUGUUGAGAUUUGCGAUCUGAAAGAGAGACAGACACAAAAGAAGAAGAAGAAGAUAGAUAGAAAGUGAGGCUGUGAGAGGUUGGUUCAUAUGGGGAUUUGUUGGGCUUCUCCUUCGGAUAACCGAAGCCCUACCACCACUGGUCAGCUCAGUACUUCAGUAGGGAUAUCUCAUACAACGACCACCACUACAUCUUCAGAUGGAAGCACCAUCUCCGGGAACAGCCGGUUCUCGGUAGCGAGUGGCUCCGAUGACGCAUACCCGAAUGGGCAGAUCUUACCCACCCCCAAUUUAAGGAUCUUCAGUUUUUUAGAACUGAAGAAUGCUACCAAAAGUUUCAGAACUGAUACGGUGUUGGGAGAAGGAGGUUUUGGGAAAGUUUAUAAGGGUUGGCUUGAUGAGAGAGUGCCAUCGAAGAGCAGUAGUGGAACGGUCGUGGCUGUCAAGAAGUUGAACUCUGAGAGCUUGCAAGGAUUUCAGGAAUGGCAGUCUGAGGUCAAUUUCUUAGGAAGGCUUUCUCAUCCUAACCUUGUUAAGCUAUUGGGUUAUUGUUGGGAAGAUAAAGAGCUACUUCUUGUCUAUGAGUUCAUGCAAAAGGGCAGCUUGGAGAACCACCUUUUUGGAAGGGGCUCUGCUGUUCAGCCACUUCCAUGGGACAUACGGCUUAAGAUACUGAUAGGAGCAGCUCGAGGCCUGGCAUUUUUGCACACAUCAGAAAAGCAUGUAAUUUAUCGAGAUUUCAAGGCUUCAAAUAUAUUGCUCGAUGGGUCCUACAAUGCCAAGAUAUCCGACUUUGGUUUGGCAAAAUUGGGUCCCUCGGAGAGUCAAUCACAUGUGACAACACGGGUUAUGGGAACAUAUGGCUAUGCUGCUCCAGAAUAUGUUGCCACAGGGCAUUUGUAUGUGAAGAGCGACGUGUAUGGUUUUGGUGUUGUAUUGGUUGAGAUGUUAACAGCCUUACGUGCAAUUGAUGCAAACCGUCCAAGUGGGCAACAUAAUCUUGGUGACUGGGUCAAACCAUAUUUAGCUGACAGAAGAAAGUUGAAAAACAUAAUGGACAGCCGGUUGGAAGGGAAAUAUCCUUCCAAAGCUGCACUGCAAAUAGCUCAGCUCGCUCUAAAAUGCCUUGGACCCGAACCCAAAACAAGGCCAUCAAUGAAAGAAGUUGUGGAGACUCUGGAACGUAUAGAUUCAAACAAUGAAAAAACCAAGGAGCCUAGAAUUAAGUCUGCACAUCAUACUGCUUAUCAACGUGGCAAACAGCCUUUGCACCAUCGAUCUCAACAUCACCUUAGGCAAGAUGGAAAUCAGUCCUAUCAACUUCCACAACGAGCAGGGUAACUUCGCAGCUUUUAAAUGCGUAUGCGAUUGUUUCUUAUAUCAAAUGAGUCCCUAUUCUUCUGUUAAGAGGCAUCUUAAAAAUUGUAACGAGUUUUGUUGUUCUAUUGGUGAAUUGUAUGUAAUGGAUGAAUCUGUGAGGGGUCGAAAUGUAAUUAUUUCUAUUGGUUUGUUGACUUGUGCUUGAUAAUUACUAUGGUAACAUAAAAUCAUUACUUAUACACCAGGAUGAUAUUAUUUGGUGUGAUAUCAUUUUUUAUACACAACUUUUGC